AUGCAGCCUAGCACGACUGCCCGGAGGAGACUCGACGCGCACGACGCACACGACGACGCAUACGACACCCAACAGUCGCCGCCAGCCUCGGCCCUUGCCCGCCCUCACACCGAACCGGACAGCGAUUCCCACAGCGACGAUGACCAGGACGAUGCCCAGGACGAUGCCGCCACUCAGCACGGGAAGCGCAAACGUCCCACCUCAGUUUCGUGCGAGCUGUGCAAGCAGAGAAAGGUCAAGUGCGAUCGUGGACAGCCGUCUUGCGGUUGGUGCGCGCGCAAUGGCGCAAACUGCGAGUACAAGGAACGCAGACGGCCUGGUUUGAGGGCAGGGUUCGGCAAAGAGCUGCAAGAACGCAUGGACAAACUGGAAGCCAUCCUUCAGUCUCAUUCGGAAAUCAUUCAGAGUGCGCUUGCGUCGAAUUCUCCGCUGGGUGGCGCGACCAGCAUUCGAAACAGCAAUCCCAGCUUGUCAAGUGGUCAUGAGACACCCAGGGAUCGUUCCGCAAUCCUGUGCAGAUCAUCCGAGCACGCCGCCGCACCUCAGGCCGAGAACAGCGGCCUGUUGCUGCAAAGGGCGUCGAGUUUUGCUCCGGCCUCGCAGCCUUCUGACUUCGGUGUGCCUCAGCAUGCUGCGGCUCCGGAUGGGUUUCCCGUGCCCAUGAGCGGACUGCCUGCGGCGCCUCCGAUGUCCCCUGCGCAUAUAACAGCGCCCGGCCAAGGCUACUAUCCCCGAAGCUCGUCGUCUCUGCCGCCGAAAAAUGGGCCUCUGAAUCAAGCAACCGCCGCUUCGGCGCCCCAGGACCAGGACAUGCCUCCCUACGACCUCCUAUACGCACUUGUGGACCUAUUCUUCAAGCACAUCAACACCUGGUGCCCCAUCCUACACCGCAAAACGACUCUCGACUCAUUGUUUGGACCGUCAGCCUUGGAGGAGACUGAUGGGAUCCUGCUGCGCGCCAUUGUGACUACCACGAUGCGGUACUCGACCGAUCCAAGACUCACGCAGGACCGGCGGCAUCACUAUCACAAAGCUUGCAAGGAGCGCGUCCUGCUGUACGGCAUGGAGAACACGUCGGUCAAGUCGCUUCAGGCGCUGGUGAUUGUGGCGCUUGACCUUGUGGGAAGCAGCAACGGCCCGCCGGGCUGGAACAUACUGGCGCUCAUCACGCGCGCGGUCGUGCAGCUGGGAUUGGCGGUCGAGAGCAAUUCGUUUCUGGUAUCCCCGAGCUACGCCUCGAUAUACACUCUGCGGGCCAUGAUACUACCCGAGCCAAAAGACUUUGUGGAGGAUGAGUCGCGGCGAAGACUGUUCUGGAUGGUAUACGUGCUCGACAGAUACGCCACAAUCGCCACGGCCUUUGAGUUUUCCCUGGCGGACAAGGAAAUCGACCGGACGCUCCCGUGCCGCGACCAUCUGUGGAUGCAGAAUCAGCGGGUAGACACGAAAUGGUUCAAGGCGAGAGAGCGCGGCCACGAGGGGGAGCUCGCCGCGCACGAGGUCUGCGAGCCCGGCAACGUCGGCCCGCUGGCCUACUACAUCGAGGUUCUGGGAAUCCUGUCCAAAAUCCACACAUUCCUAAAAAAACCGGUCGACAUUGGCGCCCUCGGCGACGUCGAGCAAUGGCAGCUGCGGUACAAGGAGCUGGACAAGAGGCUCGCGACCUGGCGUCUUGGGCUGCCAGCCGAGUUCGGAAACAUGGCCAAGCUGCUGCAGCAGGCGGGGAGCAAGAAACUGAACUGCGCGCUGGUGAUGCUUCACGCGACGUACCACACGGCGGUAAUUCGCCUCCACUCGUCCGCGGCGUACCCGACGACUCGGUCGCCCAUCUUCACGCCGUCGUACAGCGCCUCGAAGCGAUGCCACGGCGCGGUGGAGAGCAUCGCGGCGCUCGGGGACUUUGUCGCGCAGAACGGGCUCCUGCCCAAGCUGGGGCCCCCUUUCGCCUGGACCAUGUGGGUCUCGGCAAGGCUGCUGCUCGUCCACGGGUCCACGGUCGAGCACAGGCUGUCGCCGCAGAUUGGCCGGUUUGUCGAGACCUUGGGGGAGAUGGGCCGGUACUGGCCGGUGGCGGCAAGGUACCGCGAGCUGCUGCAGCGGGUCCUGGACGAGCACCGCGACAGCGAGACGAAGGGGGACGGCGUCGCGCCGAGCUCGGUCAGGAUCCUGGCGGACAUGCGGCGCACCGCUUUCGACCUGGAGCUGCUGAUCUCCCGGCAGCCGCGGCAAGGCGGCGCGGCGACGAGCCUGCGGCGCAGCGUGACGCCGGCUCGGGCGCCGGCAGCCAACGAGCUAGAGUACCUCGACGUCUUUGACUUUUUCAACGUCCCGCGGCUGGCAUUUGGCGGCCAGGGGGAGGGGGAGGAGGCGGAUGCGGCGGAUGCGGCGGCGGCGACGACGACGGAGGUGCAGAGCGGCGGGCAAUCCCCCGGGCAAUCCCCCGCGGCUGCCAGCGAGUUCAACAUUACCAACUUUAUGGUUGACGUGAACAGCGACUGGCUGUACGAUCAAGACGGGGGGGAACUCACGGCGACGGGGUGA